GGCUGACAUCAACUCGAACCCCAAACCCAUGAACCUCGGAUCAACCGCAUCACCACUACCUCCUCUCACCCACCUCCCACCACGUCCUCAAAACAAACAAAACACAAUGCGCACCCUCCGCCCCCUCCUCGCGCGCGCCGCAACCUUACAACCAGCCGGUCGCGCACCACCCAGCGCGCUGCUCCCGCCUAUACCGUUGUAUAGACGGCUGUUGAGGGCGCAUCGGAGGUGUUUGCCGAGGGAGAUGAGGGUUUUGGGGGAUGAGUAUGUUAAGGGGGAGUUUAGGGCGCAUAGGGAGGUGGAGAAUCCGAUGCAUAUUAUCGGCUUCCUAACAGAAUGGCAACUCUACGCCCAAAAACUCGAAGGUUCCUCCUGGCAAGGCGAGGUCCUAGACAAAGCCAAGAUCGAUAAGAUGAGCGAUCAGCAACUAGGGCAGCUGUACGAACUGAUGAAGGCGACGAGGGAAUUGGAGGGUGAGGGUGAGGGAGGAGAGUUGGGGGGAGAGGGAGGAGAAGGGAAGAAGUGAGG